AGAGAGGCGCUUGCUGGUGUGCGCUGCUCUCUCUUUGCACCCUCCCCGCCUGCGUUGCUCCGGGUGGUUUGAAAGAAGGACCCGGCGGGCUCGGGCUUCAGCGUCCGGAAGGUGGCGGCGAGAAGACGAUAGAAAUGAUUUCAGUACUGGUUGAAAAGUAAUGAACUGAUUGGAGUUCAAUCUGAACAAGCUGGGGAUUGCGAUGGCCGAUUACUGGAAAUCGCAACCUAAGAAAUUCUGUGAUUACUGCAAGUGCUGGAUAGCGGACAACAAGCCUAGCAUUGAAUUUCAUGAAAGAGGAAAGAACCAUAAGGAGAAUGUGGCAAAGAAAAUUAGUGAGAUUAAAAAGAAAAGCUUGGAAAAGGCAAAAGAAGAAGAAAAAAUGUCAAAGGAAUUUGCAGCUAUGGAGGAAGCUGCAAUGAAAGCUUAUCAGGAGGAUCUGAAACGGCUUGGAGCUAAGGCAGAACCUGUAGGUCAGAGUUCAACACCAAAAAAGCUGGAAGAAAAGAAGGAAAAGAAGGAAAAGAGGAAAAAAGAAAAGACAACUAUGAGCACUUCAUCAGAUGAAACAAAAGGAUGGGUGCAUGGAUUUUCUCCAGAAGGCUACAUAUAUUACUAUAACACUUUAUCAGGAGAAUCACAGUGGGAAAAACCGGAAGAAUUUCAGGACAAUCCUCAGGAAUCCCAAAUGGCAGCACAGUGGAUAGAAGGAGAGAGUGAAGAUGGUCGCACUUAUUACUACAAUACAAAAACGGGAGUAUCAACCUGGGAGAGGCCUGAUGGUUUUGUGUCUCCGGCAAAUGAGAACAGUCAAGAUAAAAAUCACGCUGAGAGCUCAGAAGCAGAGUUGAAGGAAGCUGAUUCAGAUUCUGGAAAGGGUGGAAGCAAAGGUGAACUACAAAAACCAAAACGAAACUUCCGGAGGAAAACAGAAAGUGAUGAAGAAGUCGAGGAAAAGCCUCGCAGACGCAAAAAGAUCAGCCCUUAUGGCGAAUGGCAGGAGGUGAAACGGGAAAGCAUUGAUCAAGAAGAUACAGUAACUGUUCCACAAGAAAUACCCCAGGCGGCAUCUAAAGCAACCAAGCCUUAUGGCGAGUGGGAGGAAAUCACAGAAGAGGAAGAUCCAUAUGAAAAGGUCGACUUAGAACUUCCCGGUACAGACAGCGAUUCUCUGCCAGCCCCAGUUCUGGAAGUACCAGAGGAUGCCAAAGUGAUAUUUAAAGAAAAAACUGUCACAUUGCUUGGUGACACAACAGCGGGGAUACCAGUUUUCAAAAAGCGGAAAUUUGAAAAUGGAAAGUCUAGAAACAUAAGACAGAGACUGAAUGAUCACUAAUAUUUUAAUCACACUGUCUUGACACUCUUUCGAUGGAGGGGUGAAGAAAAGGACAUAUUUUAAACAUUUUAUUUACAAGAAAUUGUUACAAAUUAAGAAAAGUGUCUCGAGUAUAAAUUUAAAUAAACAUGUUAUUUUUGAGGUGAUGCUAUUUUUGUUGUUAGUCAUGUAAAUAUAAUUUUUUUACAUACCAUGUCAUCUGAAUUCAUGUUUUUUGUAUCUUACAAUCAUUAUGUUGUAUUGAGAGAAAUGGGAUUGUAGCAGCUUCACAGCUUGUGUUUAUGCACAGUACUUGGGUAAGCAUCAGUAAAUGCCAGGAAAAAAUUCAAAUCUCAUGGCAGUUGCUUUCCAUACUAGUAGUGUAAUUGUACUGGGGUUUUAUUCAGAGAGAGAGAGUUUUAUUUAGGAUUAUUGAUUAACAGAAGUUGAUAGGUCACCCCCUUUUAUUUUUAAAGACAAAGAGUAGAUGGGUAACUUGCAACUAUUAAAUCAUUUUAAGAGAGUUGUGAAAUCUGUUCCAGCAAUUAGCACUGAACCUUUUUGUAGUUUGCCUUGUUGGACAGAAGUAUUACAAGUACAGAUCACACACAAUGUUUUGUUUUUCAAAUUCUAGGCAAGAAAGCAGAAUUUCAGUCUUCCACAUUAUGAGCAAGAAAAUUAAGUUUUUUUGUCUUGGCUCUCAAGUAUCCUCCUGCUGCAUUGUUAUGGUGUGUUUCUGAUAUAACUUCAUGGCUUUUUUAUUUUCCCUUUAGAAGAGGAAGAAGGAUGCGCUCUGGAUUGGUGAUAGCUAGAUAUAGGCAUUGCUUAUUCCCUUGCUUUGUGAAAGCUUUCUGCAUGGGACAUAGCAAAUGCUAUGCUGGAGGCUUUGUUUCUCAUCUGUACAAUGGAAGAAGUCUGGGCUGUGCACGUUUUGCAUAAAGCAUUAACUUGUGCACCAAAGCAACCUGAAUUCUGUUACUUGUAUAAUUUUGCAAAUUGAGUUAAUAUAUCUGUGUAUGUAUUUGUUUUGCUUUGCAUAAUUUAUUAUUCUAAUCAUGAGGGGAGACAUAGAGUCUGCAGAAGUUCCUUCUGAGACUUCACUAGGCAUCUUCUACACACUCUCAAGCAUUCCCUCCUCCCACACUUUCCUGCCACUUCCCUCUCUGUUUCCUGUUUUGCUUUAACCAUCAUUUGUGAUGUUGUCAGAAUCACCAAACUAUGGUUAGAUUGCAAACCAUGAUUUGAAGUGCGUUUCGGUCUGCAGGCUAUUUUGGACAUCACUGCAAACUAUGGUUAGCACGAAGUAGAAACUGUGCCAGGGAGAAGGGAGCCUGUGGCUCAGUCUCUCCUUAUGCUCACCAUGAAACUGCUCAGUUUGUUACUCUGGUUAGCAAGAGACAGUGUGGUACAGUGAUCAAUUGUGGUGUUCUGGCUGUUUCUCCUACCACUUGUCAGCCUUGUCCAUUUAAAUUGCUUCCUUUUCUUUCUCGAUGCUUGCUAAUAGAAACAGCUAUCCUGAAAUAACUUGCUUCCACCUCCUGAUUUUUAUUUUUUAUGAGCUCCAAGAGUUAAUCUGCAGCAAAAGAAAACCAGAAAAGAGCCCCUAGAUUUUUUGGUACUCUUCAGAUGACUUUUGUUCCUUCAGAUAAGUGACCAUGUAAAACAAAUGCAUAGUUAUCACAGUGGGUGAGAUAUCUGUGUUCUCUGCACAUGUAGUCCGGCUGCUGGGAAACCCAGGGAUGCUCCCAGUUGUGUAAAUGUUGGUAUCUGUUGUAUGAAAGGGAAACAAGAAGUACCCAUUGUCCUUAGUUGCCUUCAGAGGAAUAGCUGCUACAAUCUGUUCUUCUCAGCCUUCCCUCUGUACAAGGAGAUUGGCACCAAAGGUUACUAUUGCCACCCAUUUGGCACCUAUUCAGUGGGUGUUGGCCUCUUUAGGAAACCAUUUUAAUAUGUCUGGUCCUUUAUUUAUUUGAAUUUGUAUAACUCAUUUGGGCUUUUAACUUCUGCUAAUUUUUAUCCUUUGAAAUUCCUACAUAUCUUUGUAAAUAAGUCGUUAAUGUGCAAAGUUUUCUUGUCACAAUAGCAUUGUGGUGAUGGUGCCUUUGCAAGCUAUGUGUAAUAAAAAUGAAUAAAACAAAGUCAGACAAAAACUGUACCAGAAAUAAUGGUUAAAUUAUCUGUUUUCACAUUGGUGCUAAAGACAGGCCCAUAAGCCAAUUUCCUUGGAGGUUCUGUUUGAUAAUCUUAAACUUCCUCAGAUCUUGGGAGAAAUUUGUUGUAUUCUUCCAAUUUCAAAGAAAUUUAAAACAUACAAAAUGUCUGACUAAUUCAAUCCUCUCUCAAAUUGCUAUUUAAUGGAUUGUUCUCAUGACCUGUGUGGUCGUAGUUAAAGUGUUAACUACAAUAGUCAAGCCAGACAUGCCCCUACAUAUCAUGACAUGAGAAGCUGUGCUUUACCAGUUAGUUCGAAGAUGCUAAUCUUCAUAGUGCAAUCCUAGUUAACUGCAGCAGCAGGACUAAGAUUGCGUGGGUAAAGCGUGGGUUCUCAUGUCAUGCUCUGUGGGAACACACCUUUACAUUUGCACACAUCAUGUGAACAAGCCCGAAUGCUAAAAAUAAUGCCCAACAUGAUGGGCAGUCCUCCUUAAGAAGUAGGGAUUCGCUGGGGAUGCUGCAUAACUUUAGAAGUCUGCCCCAACAGUUUAAACCAUGUCUGGGCAGCAGCGCAGCACUCCUUCCAUAGUUUCCAAUAGGAAGAGCGCUACACUACUACCCAGAGGUGAUUUUAAGUCAUUUCACAGGAGCCCAGUUGCUGCUUUGUCAGGGCUGCCCUUAAGUCAUCCAGCAGCCCAGACAGGUUCCUACCAUUGAUGGUGGGCAGGGGGUGCCUGUCAUAUCAGCCAUCAUUUCUAGUCAAACCUGCCCUUCACAAGUGCUCAAAUGAUUCAAAUUCAUUCAUUAAGAUCUAUGGUUUCUUAAGACGGAAGUAUCUCUAAGGACAUAUGUACAGUUGUUAAGAUGAGCUCAUGCCAAUUCUUUAUUUUGUCUUCUCACUUUGUCCACCACUUGGCUUAAAAUCAAAUCAUUAUUUUCUGUCAAUGACCAGCAAAACACAAAACAAUAAUACAAUGGUAAAACAGACAAUACAAGCCAUAAAAAAAUAUUUGACAGGAUUAAUAUGUUUUGCUUCUCAUUCAUCUCCACUAUGAGUGAGGACAGAGCACUAGGGGCAAAGAGAUACGUUCACACUGAUUUGGGGCAAUGUUGGAAUUAAGAGAAAAGUGGUUGGUUGGUUUUUAAGCCAUGUCCCAUUUCCCCAAUCCCUAAUUUGGGAAUCCAGAAACCUUUUCUGCAGAAAUGUUUCUACUUUUCAUUCACUGCUUUCUUGCCAUGAUAAUGUGCUCAGGAACUAUUUUCCUUCCAGCAUCAUCUUUGCCUACAGUCCUAUGUAUUGCCAAUCCUGAUUCCUGAGACAUUGCCCAACUACCUCACUGCCUUAAUUUAACAUUCUAUAUAAGACUUGGACCAGGAUAUACUUUGUUUCUUGCCAGUUAUUUUAUAUAGUACUUAAUGAACAAGCCAGGUGCCCUUUAAUCUGUACUAAUUCCUUCAUUAUCAUCACUGUUUUAACAGAGGGGAUACUGGUCAAAAGAGUGUGACUUCCCAUGGCCAUCUGAGCUGGUAUUUGAACCCAGCUUCACUAGCUUGUUUCCUCUUUUAUGGUAGACUGGUUUGAUCUAUUCAUAAUUAUCUUCAUCAGGUUUAGUUGUACAGAACUAGCCUGACAAAAAUGUAGAUUUAAUAAAGAGCCAUACAUAUGUCAACAUAGAUGCCAGAAACAGGCUGUUCCUUUUUAUACAAGACAUGUCAGACAUGACCCAUUAACUAACAAAACUUAAUUAUGCCUUUCCUUCCUCCUGCUUUGUUCUUUCUACAGUUGUAGCCUACUAAGUAUUAAGGCUUUUCCAUGAGCAAUCCAGCUAUAUAAAACUGCUUUCCUAUACUUCAUAGUAUUACUGCUUCCAACUCUUAAGUGCUAAGAUGAAAAUACAGUUUAUCUCAAACUUAAAUUAUAAUUAUAAUUAAUUAAAAUCGGUUGCACUAUACUCUAAAACGGCUGUUAUUUUUUCUUUUCCCCCCAGAUCUGUAAAAUAGUUUGAAUUACUUUGCAUUUGUUGUAUUGUCAAUAAAGUUGUCCUUUCAACCAA